AUGGAAAGUAAUUUAAAUCGUUUUCAAAACCUUGUUUACUCCGAAGGUUUUGGUAUUGUCUGUGUUAAUGAAACUUGGCUCUCAGGACAUAUCUACAACUCUGAAAUUCUACACUCGGGUUAUUCUAUUAUCAGAAAAGAUCGUAAAACGCGAGGUGGUAGAGUUUUGCUGGGAAUCAAGACCGCAAUGUUUAACUCUGUGCGUGAAAUCAAACACAAUCAUGACCUCGAAAUUGCUAUGGCUGAAGUAACAACUGCGAAAGACAUAAAAAUGCUUAUUUGCUCAUGUUACCGUCCACCAGAUGCUGACCAAACUUGGAUCGAUAAAUUUGAAACUUUUCUUCAUGAUGUUUGCACACGUCAUUCAAAAAUUGUAAUUGCAGGUGAUUUCAAUUUCGCGCGCGCAGGCUGGAACUCGCGAGAUAAUUACACUGACGUUAAUGAGAAUCCAUUUACGAAAUUAUUAAACGACUUUUUCUUGGAACAAAUGAAUAGAUCUCCUACCAUAGGCGAAAACAUUCUCGAUCUUGUUAUUACCACUGAUCCCGACCGUGUGAAGAUAAUCGAAGUCUUGAAACCAAGUGAUUCAGACACUUCCACCGACCACAAUGCUAUCAUUUUCGAUCUCUUCCUCUCAUACAAUCCUUUCCCUAAGUUAAAACGAACGGUGUUUGAUUACCGACGCAGUGACUUCGAUGGUCUUCGAAGGCAUCUUCAAACCCUCGAUCUCAGUCAACACAUAUCAGAGAAUGGCGAAAUCAACCAGGAUUGGAUAUCGUGGAAAAAUGCGUUUUUGGAAGCGGUAUCGAAAUUUGUGCCAACAAAAACACUCCGAGAUCGAAACCAUCUCCCUUGGAUGAACAGCACGAUACUUCAUUACAUCAAAAAGAAAAACUCCAUUAGAAUAAGGAUUAAAAGAUCCUGCCAUCCAAGUGAUCACCUCAAAAAAAGGUUUCGAGAGGUCCGCACGACAAUCAAAAGAAUGUUGCGUGAUGGUCGCUUGGACUAUAUCAACUCCAUAUGUUCUUCUCGAGAGUACAAUCCAAAACGUUUCUGGUCGUUUUUCAAGAUUAAGUCGAAAGUUUCCAAUAUUCCAUUAAAAGUCUCGGUCAAAACUAGCGAAAAUCAAAGAAUGUAUUUCGAUAAUAACGCUGAGAUUGCAAACACUUUUAACGAAUACUUCGCAUCGAUCUUCACUAGCGACACCGCCAACGACUUCAAUCCAGAACAGCAUCCGGAACCGGACAAUAUUCUCGAAGACAUUACUCUGACUAACGACGAGGUGUCAACGGUGUUAAAGGACAUUGGCAACGAAAAUUUUUAUUGCCCAUUUCUAUUAUAUGUACCUAUGGAAUACUUAAUUCCCCAUUUUCGCCUUACCAUCAGGUUUUGA